UGUAGACAUCAGCGAUGAGGUCGCUUAAUUGCUUGCUUCUUGAGUUCGUGUUGAUUUCAGCAUCGUCAUUUUUAUGGGCCAGUCCACAAAACUAUUACUACAAUGGAUAUACACAGAGUUCGCCGUGGAAUGGAGUAAAUCCCUCGUAUCUUUCGAUUGAUACCUACGGAAAUUGCCAGGCCCACGAUCGUCCUUUGGUGGGAAAAUGUGUGAGGUACGUGGAUUGCAUUAGUGCCAUGCAAUCUGUGCCCCGAGUGACGCCAUUACUCUGCCCAUCGGUGUGGCCCAAUCAACUGGUGUGCUGUCCACAUGGCGGCUACGUGAUUCCGACACCCAGGGUUUCGAAGAGCCAAGAAGCCUGUUCGUCGGCCUAUCCAAGAGCUCAUCAUAAGCGCCGUCGACGUCGUCGUCGAAAUACUAACCAUAAUAAAGAGCAAGUGGAACUAGUUGAGCCAAUUAUCCAGAAGCGCAAUCAGAGCGAUAAUUUCCUGGUGGGUGGCAGGUUAACCCUGGAUAACGAGCAUCCUUAUAUGUGUGCCCUCGGUUGGCCAUCCCGCACAAAUAGAUGGAUCCACCAGCACGGCUCCAGCAAGCGGCGAUAUAUGUUUAACUGUGGCUGUGUCAUGAUUUCGCCUCGGUUCGCCAUAACGGCCGCCCACUGUGCCAACGUCGGCGGGGAACCCCCGUCCGUGGCGUUGAUUGGUGGCGUUGAGUUGAACAGCGGUCGCGGGCAACUCAUUGAAAUCAAGCAGAUAACCAAGCACCCGCACUUCGAUGAGGAGACCCUAAUCAACGAUUUGGCGGUGAUCAAAUUGGCCAGAAGAUCCCACCAUCAAGUGGCCUGCCUGUGGAACCAGGAAUCACUGCCCGAGAGCCCGCUGACUGCCCUGGGCUAUGGGCAAACCAAGUUCGCUGGUCCGCACUCCAACCAUCUGCUGCAAAUAAUGCUUCACCACUUGAACAUUCAACAAUGCCAGAGAUAUUUGCAAAACGAUGACAAAUUGGUUAAUGGCCUGGGAUCGGGGCAACUAUGCGCGGGGGAUUACUCCGGUAAUAUGGACACUUGUCAGGGAGAUUCUGGAGGACCUUUGUUGCUCCACCAACAAAUGCGGCAUCAGCAUCAUAGGAUUCCCUAUGUGGUGGGCCUAACCUCAUUUGGAGGAGCCUGUGCCUCUGGACAGCCGGGUGUGUAUGUGAGAAUAGUCCACUACAUUCAGUGGAUAGAACAACAGGUGUGGCCUUGA